AUGUCGUUUCAUUCAUCAAACAGCGGCCGUAAUUUGAAUGCAUUUGCGGGUCCAUCCUCCAGCACAUCGUUUCCUACACCGCCUUCUACAGAUGUCGAUCUUAUGAACACUCAAAAAACAAUUCGCGAUAUUCAACAAUAUUUGGAAACUUACGAAUACCCUUUCAUCAAGGAUAUCAGUUGUUAUGAGAAAUUAAAUAAAAUCGGACAAGGAACAUUCGGUGAAGUGUUCAAAGCAAUGUGUAAAAGAACCAAGAAAAUGGUUGCGUUGAAAAAGAUUUUGAUGGAAAAUGAGAAGGAAGGUUUUCCGAUUACUGCGUUGAGAGAAGUUAAGAUGUUACAACAAUUGAAACAUCCAAAUAUUACCGAUUUGAUUGAAGUGUGCACAUCCAAAUGUAGGUUUUUCUUGUUACAAUUUUUUUCUUAUUCAAAAAAAUUUUUCCAGCAAAUACGUCUAAAGACAAAACGUUAUUCUACUUGGUUUUCGCAUUUUGUGAACAUGAUUUGGCUGGUUUAUUGAGUAAUCGGAAUUUGAAAAUUCAGCCGGUUCAUAUCAAAACCAUGAUGCAGCAUCUUCUGAGUGGUCUUUGCAAACUUCACCGUUCAAAAAUCCUCCACAGAGAUAUGAAAUCAGCAAAUGUUUUAUUAUCGAAAGAAGGAGUUUUGAAAUUGGCUGAUUUUGGAUUAGCCAGACCAUUUUUACAACGUAAGUUCCCUUUGGUCAAAUUCAAUAAAAAAACAAUAAAAAUUUCAGCACUGAAAGAUCAACCAGCACCUUUAUAUACAAAUCGAGUUGUCACCUUGUGGUAUCGUCCUCCAGAAUUAUUACUUGGUGAUCGACAAUAUAAUACAAAAAUUGAUGUUUGGGGAGCUGGUUGUAUUAUGGCUGAAAUGUGGGUUAGAACACCGAUUAUGCAAGGAGAAUCUGAACAAAAACAAUUAAUAUUAAUUAGCACAUUGUGUGGGUCAAUUAAUAAAGAGGUAAACAUUUUUGGAAUGAGUUUAAUAAAUAAAUUUAUCUAUCCAGGUUUGGCCGAAAUGUGAAACAAUGCCAUUGUGGAGAAAUAUGGCGACUGAAACGAAUUCUUGUUUGCCGCAAGGUAAACCGAGAAUUUUGAAAAAUAAAUUACCGAUGAUCAAGGAUGACGAUGGUUUCAAUUUGUUGGAUUUGUUAUUAUCGAUUGAUCCAGAUAAGCGGCCAACAGCUGAAGAUGCGAUUGAUAACAAAUGGUUUUAUAUGAAACCCGAGUGUAAGGAGAAUGUUUAUGAUUUGAUUGAAAAUUUGAAGGUGAGAGGAUUUUUUUGUUUUGAAAAAUCAAAUUUUAAAUGUGGAGUCUCAGAUAAAAAUCGAUUUUCUCUCCUGGUUAAAAAAAGCCAUUGACAAAUUUUCAAAAAAAAUCUGAAUUGACAGAAAAACACAAUUUCAAACUACUGGACAUCUGGACUUUCAAACCAUUUUUCACGGUGUUUCAUUGUUUUUUUUAAUUCGAAACUUUUAAACUAAACAUUAGUUUAAAAAUUUCAAAAAACAGUGAAACACCGUGUAAAAUGGCUUCUGUCAAUUCCGAUUUUCAUGAAAAUUUGCCAAUGGCUUAAACCAGGAAACUAACUUUUGAAUUGAAAUUGAUCGAUUUUUAUGUCAGACUCCACCUUUUAAAACAGAGCAGCUCACAAAAAAAUAAAUUUAUAAUUCCAGACUUCACAAUUCGAAUUCACAGUCGGUCGCGGAGUCCACGCAAAUCGAAAUCGUCAACAGCAGCAAAACAAUCGGCCUCAACCAAUGCCUCGUCCUGCAAAUCUUCCAGCAGGUCAACUUCGUGAUAUAGUCUGGUAA